GCGAGGACAAAGGCAACGUUCCGCCUACAUUACGUUAUUGAGCGACAUCGGGAUCUCAACAGGUGGGCGAGUAUAAAAGAGUCGAAGCGCAGUCUUUCAAUAGCAUCCAUUCCGAGCUCCUCUUCCUUUCUUACGAGAACUAAAAUGAAGUCCACGAUUGCUUGCCUGUUGGUGUUGGCUGUUGCCACCCAAGCUCAAUACUUUGGCAACUACGGAUACGGACUUGGUGGAUAUGGCGCAUACUACGGAGGAUACUACCCCUACAACGGUGUUGUUCGCGCUGCUGCCGUUCCCGCUGCCUACCCCGUUGCUUAUGGUUACCCAUCUUUCUCCGCCAGCCAGUACCACGCCCAGGAUGAGCUCGGCCAGGCCCGUUUCGGCUACGCCCACCCAGGACAGGCCGCUACCAACAUUCAAGAUGCUUUCGGUAACCAAGUCGGAAGCUACGCUUACUUCAACCCGGAGGGUAAAGAGGUCCGCGUUUCCUACACCGCCGAUUCCCGAGGCUUCCGCGUCCUCUCAAACGACCUGCCCGUUGCCCCAGUCUCCAACUUGGUAGCCCCCGUCCCAGUCCAGGACACCCCCGAAGUUGCCCAAGCCAAGGCUGAACACGCUGCCGCUGUUACUGCCGCCAAGUCUGGAGUCGUCCCUGCUGCCCCCGUUGCUGCCGCUGUUGCCCUUCCGGCUCCAGUUCAGGACACACCCGAGGUAGCCGCUGCCAAGGCGCAAUUCGCCAUCAAAUACGCCGAGGCCAAAGCUGCCGCUACUCCGGCUGCUGCUCCAGUCCGCGCUAAACGCCAGAUCCUGAGCUACGGUGCCGCUCCAUUCGCUUACAACUACCCCGGCUACAACUACCCCGGCUACGCCGCUGCUCCUUUCGCUUACAAUUUCGCAGCUCCCGCUGUCGUGGCUGCCCCAGCAGUGCCCGUCCGUGAGGCCACUCUGACCAAAACCAUCCUCACCCCCGGACAUGCUGUUGCUUACCGCGUCGAUUAAACCAUCGAAAGUAUCUCAGGCUUCAUUCGUACUUCAGCCUCUCUUUUUGUUACAUUUGUUUUCUUUGCAAAUCCUUUUUUUUUUUUUAACCCAACGCAUUUUGUUAUACAAAAAAUAAAAGUUGACUUUAAAACAACAAAAAAACCAA